AUGUCCCGUGUCGCACCUUUCUUCCUGCUGUUGCUAUUAACAACGGGAAUACCUGCUGAAGCUAAGGAAAAAGAGGAUAGCUGUGUAACGAAACGUGGGAUAACCAGGGGAAUAGGUGGCGUUGUUGACUGCAGCUCUCGUGUCGGGAAGGAGCAGAGAAUAGCAAUGGAAAUGGCUAUCCGGGAUUUCCAUCGCUCAACUUGCUCGAAGCAGCUGAUUUUGCGCUUCAAAGACUCACAGGGAACCUCAGCUCGAGCGGCUUCUUCUGCAUUGGAGUUCAUUGGUAGUGAAAAAGUGCAAGCCAUCAUCGGAGCAAUUAGACCACAAGAAGCAACUCUAGUAUCUGAGAUCCAAAAGGUCACCAGGGUUUUGCCUAUUAUAUCCCUAACUUCACCUGCCACAGCACCUACAUCAUUGCGCAACCCAUUGCCAUUUUUCUUCCAAAUGGCUAAUGACAUCAACGUCAACAUGCAAUGCAUCGCUGCCAUCGUCAACAACUUCCGGUGGCGAAAAGUGACUGCCAUUUACGAAGAUAACAACGAUUUUUCUUCUGAUUCCGGACUCAUAACUCUGCUCUCUUAUUCACUUAGAGUUGUUGGUUCAGAGAUUGAACAUCAUGUAGCUUUCCCUCCUCUGUCAUCUCUCUCAGACCAAAAUGGUGCCAUAGAAGAAGAGCUAAGGAAGCUGAGGAGCAAGAGCAACAGGGUUUUCAUAGUAGUACAAUCAUCUUUACGGUUCGCUGUCUUGCUUUUUGAGAAGGCUAAGCAAAUGGCUAUGAUGGAGAAAGGCUAUGUAUGGAUUGUCACAGAUGAAAUCGCAAGCCUUCUUGAUUCUGUUGAUUCUUCAGCUCUUUAUAACAUGCAAGGUGUACUUGGUUUCAGAACCAAUUUUAUCGACUCUAGCAAAUCUUUUAGACAGUUCAAAACUAAAUUUCGAAAGAACUAUGGGGUAAGAUACUCCGAAGAAGAAGAGUAUUCUAACCCAAGUAUUUUUGCCCUCCAAGCUUAUGAUGCAGCUCGAACAAUUGCUCAAGCCAUGGAGAAAUUACAAGCAAAUUUUACGUCCAGAGAAUUCUUUAAACAAAUAUUAUCAAGUAACUUUGAAGGUUUAAGCGGAAGAAUGAGAUUCGAAAAUUCCACAACAUUGGAACAUCGAACCUUUCAGAUCAUUAACGUGGUGGGUAAAAGCUACAGAGAGUUAGCAGUUUGGUCACCAAAGUUCGGAUUCACAGAAAACUCUGACAAACAUGAAGGAGAGAACUCUAGAUUUGGCAACAGUUCCGUGAAGGAAUUAGGCCCGAUUUAUUGGCCUGGCGGCUUACAAACUACUCCCAAGGGAUGGUCUUCAGGCGAAGAAGACAAGCAACUGAAAAUUGGGGUUCCUGCUAGGGGUGCCUUCAACCAGUUUGUGAAAGUGAGUUAUGAUCAAGACAAGAAUGGUUCAUAUGUCACAGGAUUUUCUAUAGAAGUGUUCGCAGCAGUUGUUAAGCGCCUUCCUUAUCAAUUGCCUUUUGUGUUUGUUCCAUUUUAUGGCUCAUAUGACGAUAUGGUGGAAGAAGUUUAUUGCAAGGGAUUAGAUGCAGCAAUUGGAGAUAUAGAAAUAAUGGCAUAUCGAUAUCAGUACGCAGAGUUUUCACAGCCAUACGUUGAAUCUGGACUUACUAUGGUAGUCACUGUGAAACCAGAUAAGUCAAAAGAACUAUGGAUGUUCAUGAAGACGUUUACAAGGAGAAUGUGGCUGAUAACUUUAGCAAUGCACAUUUUCAUAGGUUUUGUCAUUUGGCUUAUUGAACAUGGAGAGAACCCCGAUCUCAAGAGAUUUGGGGCAGUGCUUUGGUUCUCAGUCACCAUCAUAUUCUUUGCGCAAAGAGAACCACUGCGAAGUAAUUUAUCUCGAUUUGUGCUGGCACCAUGGUUGUUUGCAAUUCUAAUCAUAACAGCGAGUUUCACUGCAAGUCUCACCUCCAUGUUGACAAUCUCACGCCUCCAACCAUCUGUUUCAGAUAUUGAAACACUUCUGAGAACAAAUGCACCUGUUGGAUGUAAUGGGAAUUCAUUUAUUCUAAGGUAUUUAACCAAUGUCGUAGGUUUUAAGGCAGAGAACAUCAAGAAAAUCGAUUCCAUUAGUGACUAUCCGGAUGCCUUUAAGAAUGGAGAUAUCGAAGCAGCUUUCUUUGUUGUCCCUCAUGCGCAAGUCUUCCUCGCGAAGUACUGUAAAGGGUACACCAUGGCAGGACCUACGUUCAAGCUUGGUGGUUUUGGCUUUGUGUUUCCAAAAGGUUCUCCUUUGGCAUUUGACUUUUCGGAGGCGAUCCUCAAAGUAACAGAAAAUGGAGAAAUGCCACAACUGGAGCAACACUUGCUCUCCUCUUACAACUGUUCCUCUACCACCGGCAUAAGCGAGGGCUCAAGCUUAGGUCCUCGCCCAUUCGCUGGCCUAUUUUUACUUUCAGGUGGAGUCUCAGCCUUUGCCUUCCUAGUCACUGCCGUGCGUUUGGGGAGAAGGCACAACCAUUUCAUACAGGCCAAGCUAAGUAGAACCCGAAGAUGGGAACCAACUGGUGAGGCUAAUCAAAGAGGGGAUGACUGUGUAGGGAAACCUGGGAUAACCAGAAGAAUAGGUGUCGUUAUUGACUACAGCUCUCGUGCAGGGAAAGAGCAGAGAAUAGCGAUGGAAAUGGCAAUCCAGGAUUUCCAUCACUCAACUUGCUCAGGGCACCUGGUUUUGUGUUUCAAAGAUACAAAUGGAAGCUCAGCUCGAGCAGCUUCUUCUGCUUUAGAGCUCAUUGGUAUUGAAAGGGUGCAGGCUGUGAUUGGGGCAAUCAGAAAGCAGGAAGCAAUUAUAGUAUCCGAGAUCGAAAAAACAACAAAUGAUAUCCCCAUCAUAUCCCUAACUUCACAUGUCACCAUACCAACAUCAAUGCCUAACCAAUUGCCAUUUUUCGUCCAAUUCAGUAAUGACAUCAACCUCAACAUAAGAUGCAUUGCAGCACUAGUUGAACUCUUCCAGUGGCGAAAAAUCACUGCAAUUUUCGAACACAACAAUGAUUUUUCUGGUGAUUCAGGAUUCAUAAUCCUACUCUCCGAUUCACUUCGAGUAGUUGGUUCAGAGGUUGAAUAUCAUUUAGCUUUCCCACCUCUGUCAUCUCUUUCAGACCAAAAUGGUGCCAUAGAAGAAGAGCUAAGGAAGCUAAAGAGCAAGAGCAACAGGGUCUUCAUAGUCGUACAAUCAUCGUUACGGUUUGCUGUCUUGCUAUUUGAGAAGGCUAAGCAAAUGGCUAUGAUGGACAAAGGCUAUGUGUGGAUUGUCGCAGAUGAAAUUGCAAGCCUUCUUGAUUCUGUUGAUUCUUCAACUCUUUAUAAAAUGCAAGGUGUACUUGGAUUUAGAACAAAUUUUAUAGACUCUAGCAGGUCUUUUAGACAGUUCAAAACGAAAUUCCGAAGGAUCUAUGGCAUAAGAUUCCCUGACGAAGAAGAGUAUUCUAACCCAAGUAUUUUUGCUCUCCAAGCUUAUGAUGCAGCUUGGACCAUUGCUCAAGCCCUGGAGAAUUCACAAGCAAAUGCCACAUCCAAAGAAUUAUAUAGAGAAAUAUUAUCAACCAAUUAUGAAGGUUUAAGUGGAAAAAUAAGAAAACUCUGGCAGACAUGA